UUACUCAUGGACCAAGAGAAAAGCACCAAUCUUUGCCCUCUUCACAGAACCCAAAGUCCUAAGGAUUCAGCACCAGAUUCCAUUUCCAGCUUUUUUGGAAUUGAAAUCCAUUUUGGGUGAGCUUCAUUCCAGACUGCCCCCUUUUCAAGAUUUCUCACAGUUUCAGACACCUAAAUGGGUUCAGAUCUUGUUCACCAUUUCUAGCUCUUCUUGUUCAGAUGUUUCUAUAACAGCAAGACAGAAAGAAAGAACAGAGAGUGGAUUUGCUUUUGCUGAUACCUCUCUCUCUCUCUCUCACACCCCCUCUAUCUUUGGGGGAAGUAUUUCCUUUAAUUUUAAAAAGGUGGGUCUUUUAAAGAUUCCUUCAAGGGGUAGGUUGGUUGGGUGGUUGGCUGUGGAUGCAAACAAAAGAGAGAAAGAAGAAAAAGGCUAUUCUGAUUCCAUUUUUCGAAAUGCUUCUUGAUUUAAUCCUCUAAAACCCUCCCCACAUUUUCAAUCAUCAAAAACCCUUGCAAAUAUCUGAUUUUGGAUUGUAAAUUGGGUUUCUGAUGAAGUGGGAGACUGUGAUCCUGUCCAAUUCUUCAAGUUGGAUGAUGGAAGAUAGCAUAAAGAGCACAGUUUGGAGUCCAGUUGAGAACAAGUUGUUUGAGAAUGCUCUUGCCAAGUUCGAUAAGGAUACACCUGAUCGGUGGCAGAAGGUGGCGGAGAUGGUCCCCGGGAAGACGGUGGCGGACGUCCUCCAGCAGUAUAAGGAAUUGGAAGAUGAUGUGACUAGUAUUGAAGCAGGGUUUUAUCCCAAAUAUGGUUAUAAUUGCAGCACUUCUCCUUUCACUUUAGAAUGGGGCAACAGCAAUGGGUGCGUGAAGAGAUCCUCCGCCGCCGCCCCCGGUCUUCGCCCCCUUGAACAAGAAAGGAAAAAGGGUGUUCCUUGGACAGAAGAAGAGCAUAAAUUGUUUCUGUUGGGGCUAAAGAAGUAUGGGAAAGGAGAUUGGAGGAAUAUUUCUAGAAAUUUUGUGGUCACAAGAACCCCAACUCAAGUUGCAAGCCAUGCUCAGAAGUAUUUCAUCCGCCAACUUUCCGGUGGGAAAGAUAAGCGAAGAGCAAGCAUUCACGAUAUAACGACCGUCAAUCUCACCGAAAACCACCUCACCUCCCAGGAUCAAUGGUAUCCGACCACCACCGAAACACAUGGGGAUCUCUUUAUGUCUCCUAGAUAUGGCGGGAACUCUUUUGCCGCUGGCGGUGGUGCUGGUUUACACGAACCUUACGGUGGACCUCAGAAUUUGGUUUUUCAGAUGCAGUACCCUCACGGAUGAGCGGUGAGCCCGGAAACCAGUUUACACGCACGAUUGGAACGCUUUCUAUUUUCGCAUCAUUUGGUAGUUCUCUUCUAUGUUUUUUCAUGGUGUUUUCCGUAUUCUCUUAUUGUCUUAUCUACAAUGUGAAUAUUUAGCCGUUUAGCACGUUAGUGUUGUUCGGUUUUGCCCUUUGAGAAUGAAUUAGUCAGGAUUAGGAUUUGUUUCUUUUAAGAAUAUGUAAAAACUCAUC